CCUCUCCCAGCGGCUCUUCGUGCUGGCCCUCCGCGUUCCUGGCCACCAUGACCACCACCACCACUUUCAAGGGCGUCGACCCCAACAGCAGAAGCAGCUCUCGGGUUUUGCGGCCUCCGGGUGGUGGCUCCAAUUUCUCAUUAGGCUUUGACGAACCAGCAGAACAACCUGUGCGGAGGAACAAAAUGGCCUCCAACAUCUUUGGGACGUCUGAAGACAGCUCCCCUUCCUGGGCCAAGUGCACAGAAUUUGUAUUCCUUUUAUUGAUAUUGAAGUAUGGUUUCAAAUUACCGUGGCAAUAUCUGUGUUUGCAGUAUUUCCCUUUAACACAAAAGGUCUGA